AUGGACGAAUCUGUGCGCAUCAGGGUCGAGGUGAUCCGUGAUGAGUGUCUGCGGGGCUGGAGGAGCGUCGGAACCGGCGUGUUCGGUCAGAUCUACCGGGCGAAGCACAAGACCCUGGGGAUGGACGUGGCCAUCAACAGAUCUGCGUCCUCCAUCCAGAGGGAAGCUCACCUGAUGUUCCAGGGUGGGAAUCCUAACGUGAUCAGGAUCUUGGGUCUGUACGAGGGCCGUGUGGGCGGCGCGGGGCUGCAGUCGGGGCUGGUGAUGGAGUUCAUGCCCAAGGGUUCGCUGGCUGAUCUGCUGCAGAAGCUGACCGGGGGGCCGCCGCCGUGGCCUCUGACCUUCCGCAUGGCGCACGAGAUCGGCCUGGGCAUGAACUUCCUCCAUCAUCUGUCCCCUCCGCUCCUGCAUCUGGACCUCAAGCCCAGCAACGUGCUGCUGGACGACAGCCCUCAGAGCCAAGGCCAGUCCAGACUCACAGAUUUCGGUCUGUCUCGAGUGGCUCGAAGCGUUUCUAGAUGCUCCAGCGAUAAAGACGAUGAUGAUGGAGGAACACUGAGCUACAUUGCCUCCAAGCGCUGCAGGUCGCUCAACUACAAAGCCUGCAAAGCCACUGACGUCUACAGGUGA